AUGACCAGUUCAGUCGAAGCAUGGAUCAACAGAUGUUUUGCACAGUUCAGCGUUCUCCUCGCCCCGGCUCACGAUGCUGGAAUAUAUAACUACAUUUUCGAAACCGUUUCCACUCCUCAGUCGAACAGUACAACUUUGUUACGAUUGGCCAAUUUCUCGAAUCCGAGUUUUGCGUCAACUUUGCUCGAGGGGAUGCUAGUUCUUCCCGUACAACCACUGAAUGUGUACCAAGCACUCACGCAAACUGGGGACAAUAUUAAUACACGGUUGACUGAAGUGCAAUCACAACCAAGACAAGUUCUUGUGUUGCUGAUCCUGUCUAUUAUUGUUCUUCUGUGUACUUUUAUCAUUGCCCUCGUGACCUGUGUAACGGCCUGCUGUUGCUGGUCCGAACGUUGUGGGUCCAGACGUGAAAAGACAAGCCAUGCAGUGAGAAACCCCACUGUGAACUAUGUGAAGCAACUGACCAAACAAGAUCCUGUUCUUUCCGUUGGGUCUGUCAGAGCAAUUCUGCAUGAUGUGAAGAAAACGGGGCGAUCUGGGUCUGCGCAUGUCACACCCACGCCACAGGCACCGAAGCGUGCGCCAUCCCCAACGAACUCGGUGAAUUCAUCAGACAUGUAUGUCAAUUACCCCACCGUGCGAGUCAAUCGAUUUCGUUCGAACGGAGCACAAAUGCCAAUCAAUGCAGCGCAGGCACGGCAGCAAUCACAACAAAUCCAAUGGCAACGUCAACCGUCACCGGAACCGGAUAGUACCUCUUUUGUCCUGAAUCAUUCUACCGAGAAACUGAUUUCAAAUCCAAGUGAACCUCGCCUGCACAACCCCAAGCCUAAGCGUGCCUAUUUGACUCUACUUUGCUUCAAUUACGCCUUCAUACUACUGAUUUGUUUCUUUCUGACUUUUGCUCUGUACACAAUGAACAGUGUUUGGGAGUAUUCAGACCCACAAAAAAGUAAAUCCAAACCGGUCUACACAAUUCCAACAGCGGUGAAUCGAUUUCGGACCCUGUUGAUGAAGUUUUUGGAAGAUACCGUAAUGGAUGGAAGACGGCAGUCGAAUAUUACAGUUACUCAAAUUAAGGCGCUAUCACUGACUGAAAUAAACAUAAGUACCAUUCAGUUGAUCGAUCAACUUCAACAGACCUAUCAGAUCACACCGAUAUUUCAAGCAGCUGAUACAGUGUCUCCUCAACUGGUCUCGGUGACCGGCGCGACUGGGACUAUUCGAAAAACGGUGGCCGACACAUUACAGACCAUUAACCGUUUUGGUGGUGAAUUCAACGUCUAUCAGGAUCUGUUGGUUCGUUCGAUGACACGACUGUGUGCUUCUCUGAGGUCGGCGCAAGAGAUGUCCCUGUGCAAUGCACGCCUGCAAACUGUAACAACGCUAGUUUUCAGUUUCAACGCAAAAGCGGUACAAGUCGGUCCAAGCGUGGCCCUGUCUACGGUAAUUGAACAGUUCAACUUAAAUAUCACAGCUGUGAUUUCGUUGUUUGAUGAGGCGCGGCAAAAGAUUGACGAAUUGAGAGACGAAGUUGUGUCGGAAAUCAACGGCAGAUUUGAUCUUGCUCAGUAUUUGUCCCAGCUCAUCAACCUCUGGGAUGCGUUCAAUGAAUACACGGUUGUACCAGUGGAACAGUUGAUGCAACAAGCAUGGAUCGAUACGAAGAUCUACACAGACCUCAUAGUCUACUUAAUCACAGUCGGUGGGUUUGUAGCCCUGAUCGUCUAUCUACUCGUCAUCUUGAUCCUUCUUGUCUGCCUGGGGCUUUCUUUGAAUGACACGUUCGCACGCCGGCUUCUUUCUAUCCAAGAGCUACUGUUGAUCAACGGCACCGAACAUCUACGAGUCAGUGCAAUAGUGAAAAGCAAACCGAUUUUUGGCGACAGAAUCCCAUUGGAGAAGUUCACCAGAGCCAAAGUCCACCUGCACGGUCUGUGCGUCAAUUUGGGGAUAUUCGGCAUGAUAUGCUCUCUCACGGUACUGAUCUGCUUGGUCCUCAUUCCUCCCCUGGCGUUAACCAACACCGAAGUUUGUUACAACCUGCAAGGAGAAACUGGCGUGGCGUUGACCAAUCGUGUGGCGCAGCUGGUUUUUGAAUACGAAUGGCCAAUAUUUCUGAAAGAUGGAAAGUUGCCCUCGUUGGUAGCCAGUAUGCUUGUGGUCUCUGCACCCACCAACGUGCUCAGUGUGGUCGCUACAGACUGCAACCCAGCGCUUCCGGGAAGUUUGUCCACGGGACUUUUGGGAAAACUGGGUUACAAAGAUAUCUUAAAUUUUACAGUGGUUCUUGAAGGAGAUGAAGUCAAAAAGACGAUAAGAAGUGCGGAAAAAGAACUCGUCGACAGAAUUAAAAGGAUAGACUUCAACUCCUUACUGCCGGACAAUCUGGGUCAAUUCGCCGGUUUACUACAAAAUAUCACGCAGUACUUGGAUAAUGUUGACUACAAGCCAUCCUUCAACGAACUGUCCAAGAAUUUCAUCCCGGUGUCAAACUUGAGUGUCUACCUGUUUGAUCUGAGGCAAUAUGUGAGCGGCCUUCCAACAAGCCUUGAGACACAGUCUGUGCUCAGUAUACUGUCACUGAUGGAAAAUUCCAACGCAGUCUACAGUGGCGUGGUGAAUGUUGCGAGGGAGCUUGCCAGCCAAUUCAAUGUACUAAUGAACAACCAGGACCUGAGUGUGAAUCUGAAAAGUCUUUUGGAUAAGGUUGCCGAAGCUCGCAAGAUUUUAACCAACUCGACAACGCUGGAACGUCCAAUACGGCCAACAUUUAGGAAAGUGAUAAACGAAUUUCUGGUUGUGGCUGAAAAGAUGCUUGUGAGAGAAUUCAACCAUUUGGUCGGCGUCGUUGUGCCUUGUGAUUCGCUUUACGAACUGUUUCAGCUUACUCUGUCCGUUGUGUGCGUCGACCAGAGUCUCAUCAACCGACUGGGAUCCAACUGCCUCCUCCAAGCAGUUUCCACUUUUUUGAUCAUUGUGGAAAUUUCUCUAUUUGUUCGCUAUGCAUCCCUCUACAACAGCAUGUGUGAGUCACUGGAAGACCAACGAGCUGACCUCGUACACUGUGUCCGAGUUACCUAUGAAGAGUGGAUACAAAAACAACGAAUGCAACAGUAUACUCGGUGAUAUUUACACUAUAUGGAUAUUUAAUCGGUGAUAUAGGCAGUCCCAAUAGUAUAACCAUAUUGGAGCUCAAUGUCCAACGACACAGAACAACGCCAAGACAUCCAGAAUGUGUAGAUUCCCCGACACAGCAAUUCGAUCACCGACAUAUCCUUUACUCCGAUCGUCUGGUGAUGAUAAUACGCGCAUUCACGAGCUGUAGGAAGACAUAACGGAUAGAGUUUGAGGACGCUUUAAUUCUGUAAUUUUCCUAUUUUACUCCAAUGCGCAGCAUGGUUUCCUGCCGGACAGUAAGCUUUCUACCCGCAGUAAGAAUCCGUUUUUUUCGAAUUUAUGGGCCAUUCCAGGUAGACUACAAUGGGAUUAAUCCGCUAC